GCACGGCUCACACUAAACUCCUGCUUGCACCAAAUGUCCUGAAGAGGGAGAGCUGGAGCCUGUCCUCUGACCGUCCAUCCUCCCAGAUCCCCCCACGGCCCCCUCGUUCGCUGCACACCCCAUUAGCACCUGGGGUUUGUGAGGAGACCACACAGGAAGCUCACACCUGACACCUGUAACAAACACAAUCCCACCAAACACCCCCCAGGCACAGAUCUUUUUGCCAGGGAAGGAAGAAAUGACAGGAAAAUUCACAUAAAUCAUCGUUUAGACCCAUUUUGGUAUCUGGUCUUUAAAAGCAGCAUUUUUCCGUGCCACAGCCCAGCUCAUCAUACACUGACAUGGAUCUUGGGGUUACCCCAUGAGAUGUCAGGAGCCUCAACUGUGAUAUUGCAUCAGCUGAAUUGCAGCUGUAAAUCUGCACCUGCAAAAGCAGAUGGACCCCUCACCUCUCCAACCACAUCUUAGCUUGGAGAAGUUUAGAAAAUUUGACCCACUUGUUUGGGGUUUUUUUUUCUCCUGUUAUUACACUCAGAAAAAGGUACCAAUUGUUUCACUCAGUGAAAAUGCUAUAAUUUUCAUUACUGCUUUUACCUCUAAUGAAAUACUCCAGAAGCUAAACCCUCCAUUAGAAUAAAACCAUUUAAAAUUUUUUAAAAUAUUUUAAAAUAGGAUAAAAAAUGUUCACAGCUGCUGGAGCCCCAGGGAGUUUCAGUCCUGCACUGUACCCCCAGAGCAGCCCUUAUUUUUACAUGCUGCAGUACUGACUUGUGUUGGACUGGCCUGGAGGCUGAGCAGCCUUCCCUGACCCCCAAAAUCAAUCCUUUUAGCCUCAAAAGCACAGGGAGAAUGAACUUUUCUGUAUUUUUAUGUUAGCUGUUUUCUCUAGCCUGGCAUUUACAGCCCAGCUGCAAUUAAGCUCCUCUGCAGCAUGGGAGUUUAACAGAUAUGAAACCCCAGCCAGGUCCUGUUUCUUGGCUCUAAACCCUGUUCUUCUACACCAAUACUUUACUCCAGCACCCCAAAACAAACACUUUAUUGUAGAAAAUUCAUAAGAGGGGGACAAGAAAGAGUAAAAAAUGCAGAAAAGCUGGUGAAGCACCAGAAAUGAAUCUCAGCCUAUGAGGUGGUCAGGAUGCAGGCUGGAAAAAAAGAAGAGGGGCUGUUUCCCACUAGGAUGAGUUCACAGGGAACCUAGUUGGGCUGUGGACAGGAAUGGUUGUCUUUAAUUUCAGAAAAAGAAUAAAAUUCCCCUGGAAAUUGUGCAGCUACAUAGUACAAAUACACCAAAAUUCAACAAUUCCCCCCAGCACGGCCCAGCCGUGAGCCAAACACUGGUGAUUAGGAGCUGCUAUUCCUCAGCAAGGUCACCAACUAAUCUUGCUUGUGUGAACAGAUAAGAUCAACUUACAGCCUUCUUUCCUCCCGUCUUCUUCCCAGGACAGCAGCCCCAAACAAUGUGGGGAUGUGACAAACAGCAGCUGUCUCCUGCACGUGCACACCGUGCUUUGAUUUUUGUCAGAGCUUUGCUGCCAGACAAAGAUUUCCCUCCUCCAAAAUGUUUUCUUGUAGGGGCAACAGCCAGUCCUGAGAACAGCUUGGCCACUGGUAAACAGCUCCACUGUGUAUCAACAGCAAUUUUUUAAAAAUUACAUUUCACCUGUGUUCCAGUACAUUUUGCUUUUACAUUUCAUAUAUUUCUUGUGUUUUCUCUAAAGCUGCUAUAAUGUCCUGGAGAAUCAUCCUAGUGUAACACCCCCAUAUCCAAGGUUGUAAUGAUGGCAAAAAUCAAAAAAUUAUUCCCCACCUCUGGGAAAAAUUCCUGUCCUGGCCAGGAAGCCAGAAGUUGCUCCAGGUGACAGCAGCAGUGGGAAAAGAGGGAGCAUGGCAGCAGCUGGCGAUUUUGGGCUCAGCUCACACACUUCAACACAGGGAUGAAGGGAAAAUUCACUUGCAGUGGCAUUUCUCAUGACAAGCACUCCCUGCACCCCACCUCGAGGAAAAAAAGAGUGUUUCACCUCAUUCUAAGGAGGGCCCAGUCUCGGGGUGAUGUGAAACAAAAGGGACAAAUGAGCAGAAGGUGAGGACAGCAGAGACAAGUGUUGCUGCAACCCAUAUCCAGGGCUAAGCACUAAAAGGGUUUGAAAACACUAAAAUUGCCUUCUCCUGCCAGGAAAGAGUUAAGGUGCAAUCCAGCCCACCCUAAAGUUUAGCAGAUGAGCCUUUUGUGGUAAGGGUUUUGCAGUUAGCAACCCGCUUCGAGCAGGAAAUUAAUUUGAACAGAAAUGGGGAGAGGAUGUGUUACAGCAGUAUGGAAAAUCUGGUAUAAAACAAAAUCUCACAGUGUGCAAGAUGCAAUAUUGUUUUUCCUAUUCAUCUGCCAGCUCAACCCUGGACUGGGUUUCUCAGUGCCCCCAUGUGAGAUUUCCUUUUCUGGGGAGAUGCUGGGGCAUUCUAAGGACCACGAGUAUCUGCAUGAGAGGAACAAAAAAGAAAGCUGAAUCUCACUUGGCAGCCAAGAGGCCAGAAAAUAAAAAUAAUUUAAAAUAAUAUUUUUUCCCCAAACAUGAAAAUAUUGACGUCUGCUGACACCAGUCCAUCUCUAUAAUUUCACCUCAUGUACUUGUCUUUGAAUCCUAAACCCCAAAUGCUUCAAACCUCUUCCUCACAGACAUUUCAAAGCCAUUCUGAUAUUUUAUCAUUUAAAUAUUUCUGCCUGUGAGCCGCAUGCUGUCACAGCUACCGAAGCAGCACAUGCUCUGAGGUGGAAAGCCCCAGCAGAGUUUCCUCAUUUUUGUGGUUUUUCAGCCACAAAUUUGUUUGAGGUUUCUAGCUCUUGAUUUCAAAGCUUUCUGUGAUGCUUCACAUCUCUGCUUUAUGUUGGCUUGGUCUGGUGUUCAGCAUUUUUCAGAGAAAAACACCUGCUAUAAAUUCUGCUGAAGAAAACAACUCCACAGAUCAAACUGCAUCUUUUCCUUGUUUUGAAUGCUUUUUUAUUUCAACAGGGAGAAAAGCAGACAAAAUUCAUGCUUUCCUCCUUUUAUCUUUAAGGCCAUGGCCCUACAUUUGUAAUUUUUUUAUAGAAGUCGAUUAAAAGAAGGAGGAAUAAGGUGGUGAAAUAUGAAGAAAUCUGAAGAAAUUAAAAACCAGUGAGUUUUCUUGGUUUUAUUUUUCUAAAGGGGAUAUAAGGGUACCCUGUGAAGUGCUGGAGAAGAGCAUAGGGCUGCUGCCCUGACAGACUCUUGGGUUUGGGGCUCGGCGCAGAAGAAGCUGCAGGGGUGAGGCUCCAGUUGCUGCUGUGGCAGAGGCUCUUGGGCAGCUGCUGGUGACAGAUCUGCACAGAGAAGGGCAAGCACUUCCUGAGGUGAAUCCAGCCCUGCCACCAAGAGGUGACAGCGAGUGGAAAGGGGGAGCUGGCACAAAACCCCUCUGUCACCGAGUCCGCCACCAUGGCCCGGCCAUGGCUCCAUCUCUGCAUCUGCCUCCAGAUCCCAGGUUUUUAUACAACUCUACUUUUAACCCAAACUCCAGAGCAUAUUCUAACCCUAACUAACAAUAAAACUGAAAUCCUCUGUGAGCUGAAGAAGGAGAACACCGGGGUGUACUGGUACCGCUGGAGCCAGCAGAAACAACAUUUCGAGUUCCUGUUGUUUUCCAACACACUGGGCAAAGCCACAUAUGGCCCAAACGUGAGGCAGGACAAGUUCAGUGUCCAUGAGGCCAGGUCCCAGAGCUCCUACAGCCUGCACAUCAGCAACCUGCAACCCUUGGACAGCGGCACCUACUACUGCUCUGUCUCCCAGUCCUCCCAGCUGCUCCUGGGCAGUGGGACACAGCUCACAGUGGUUGAUGCUUUGCCUCCAAAGACCACACAGGCACCAGUGUCCAAAAAGCCUGUGCCACGGACAACCAGAAGCAAAGCUGCCAGCAGGGAAGGUCCCUGCAGUCCCCUGGUCUGGAUCCCACUGGCUGCUGGUGUCCUGCUGCUCCUGCUGAGCCUGGUCCCCACUGCCUACCGCCUGUACCGUCUGCGGCGGAGGCUGUGGCUUCGCAUCCACAGGCAGUAAUUCCCAGUAAUUCCCAGUAAAUCCCAGUAAAUCCCACUGCCCUCCCUGCCUCAGACAGGCAGGGAGAAGCCAUGGACCCUCCCCUGCACAAGGCUGAGCACUGCUGGACGUGACCCAGGAAGGACCUGGCAGGGGACAGACGUGGGCUCAUCCCACAGUACAGACAUUUCUUUCCUGCAUGGCUUCAAUAUCCUCCUGGACACAGCAGCUGGCAAAAGGACCAAGCUGGAAUCUGCAGCAUCCUGAGCACUUUCCAAAGGACACUGAGCAGGGCAAAUGCCAUGGCUGGCUCUGCACAGGGGGAAAGGGGCUGGUGCCAAAGGGACUCAGGUGGGCUGGAAAGCUGUGAGCUCCUUGGCUCUCCUCUGUGUUCGUCUGUAGGACAGCACAAAGGUGCUUUUUUUGCUCCUGUUAAUACUGAUUGAUAAAAAUCUGUAACACUUUGAGCGCAACCAGCAGGGAUGGGGCAGAGACAAUUUGUAAAUUGUCUCUGUGCAGCUUUAUUCAAUACCAAAUAGAUCACUCAGUUAUUUUCUUCUGCAGGCUGGUAUCUUUGUCCACAUGGUUGUGUGGCAAGCAAGGAACCACGGCCUCCAACCAAGAAAGAGUUAAAGCAGAGCAAAAGCUGCAGGGGGGAGCAGGUCUGGGAGGGUGUCUUCUCCCAUGGGAGACUGCAAACAGCCAGGAGUGGGAGAGGAAAACCAGACAAAGCCAUGCACACAAGGCCAAACACUUGGCACAGCCUGAAGGUCAACACCACCUCUGAGAGCAAACAGAGGCCCCCAGGGGCUGGCCCAGAGCCCAGCAGCACAGCAUGGCCAGUGAGAACUGCCCUGAGGGAUGCCUGGGUGUGCUGAGCCUUGAGGGAUGCCAGAAGCAGGGAAGGUCUCCCCAUGGAUGGCAACAAGGCUCAGUUGCUGCCCAGGGUGCCAGGCAGAGCUGGGGCUGGAAAUUUGGCAUCCUGCUGAGCAC